UUCAAUUUCAAGUCGUUGUUGGCCCCUCACAUAAUGAAGUCUUAGGAUGCAACCCUACACUGGCACCACAUGGACGGACCAUCUCUAAAGUCGACGUGGUUUCACACAGACACAGGGAACGGCUGGCUCCGAGCCUUGGUCAAGGUCACCGGUCAGUCGGUCAGGAUUAGACUCCUGAUCUCCAAGAGCCCUGAGCUGGAGCCAACCUUCCCCUCGCGCUACAAGUGCCCCGCGUCUCACGAGUCCUGGGUUUCCUCUGAGCCUGCAGCGCGCGGCGUUCAGGGGAUGAGAGAACAGCUCCUCCUUCACCCCUCCUGACGCCGCGGUCCGUGGGGGAACCGCGCCGUGACACGCACCCCUAAAACCUCCUGGUCAGGGGCGACAUUGGUCUAGGGAUGUCAGGGAAGACCCCCGUGAUCUCACACCCGGGGUGGGGAGCCCCCUCAAUUCCUGAGCGGCUGGAUAAGGGGUGGAGGUUUAGCUGUUGGAACCCUUCUUCUUAUUGUUCAUCAACAUCCUUCUUGAAUUGUGGAUACCAGAAUUGGACACUAUCUUCCAGUAGCAGUUGCCCCAGUCACAAAUACAGAGAGGAAGAUAAAUACGGUAUUUACUCCAACUUGUUGUUCAAGUAUUUCCUCGCAGAGGGAAUAGUCUGUGGACAUAAUUUAUUUGUUGCUUCUGCUAAAGAGGAUCCUGCUGACAUUUUAAAGGAGCUUCCAGCACCUUUGUUUGAUGAUGUCCACAAAAACCAAGUGGAUGAGAAAGAAACAGCUAUUAAGUCUAAACAGGAAUCUCAGGAAUCCAUGAAAAUAGCCUGGCGUUACCAGAAUUUACCAAAAAUGGAGGUCAGUCCAGCAGCUUCUGCACGAUUUGGUCACUAUUAUGAUGUAUCUAAAACGGUGUCUCCAGAACUACUUAAAUCUAUAAAGUGGCACCGGUUUUUCCUUCCUGAAGAAAUGUCUUUGCACCCUGAAAUAAAAACUUGUAAUAUGACCUGUGGUUACACCAGGCUGCUUCAAUCUAUCCAGAGGAUCAUAUACCAGGAAGGAUUUGAUGGAUCCUAUCCCCAGAAUAAAGCAAUUAUGGAACGUGUAACAAACUUGUCAGAUACGGUAGUUGGUCUUGAAUCAUUUAUCGGCUCUGAGAGAGAAACCAAUCCAUUAUACAAGGAUUACCAGGGUUUGAUUCAUGUGCACCAGAUUCCUCGGCUUAAUAGCUUGAUCUGUGAUGUGUCAGGCACGAAGGACCUUGCUUUUAGAUUAAAAAGGAAGCAGUUCACCAUUGAGCGACUGCAUUUGCCUCCAGACUUGUCAGACACAGUGAGCCGCUCAAGCAAACAGGAUCUGGCAGAAUCCACCAAACUGCUGAGCUCAGGAUGUGGUGCUAUGGCCAUAGGCAAGAAGCACCUGGACUUCUAGUGAUUUCUACUUAGCAGUUCACUCAGAUUUAUGUGACACUCUAAUUAUGACUGUUAAUGACUUAUGAAAAUAUUUUUCUUAAUGAUUUGACCCAGCAGUCCUUAAAAAUACAACAUUGUAAAAUGGUGCCUCGUUUUCUUAUCCUGAUUUCUUUGAAGACAUUUGUUGUUUGUUUGCUUUUUUACAGAACAUCUGCAACACAGGUAUUGUUAUAUUAAAAAAAAUGCUGCAUUGCACUGCUAUUCUGGAAAUGUACAAUAUUUUGUUCUCAUAAAAAAUCAAAAUUAUUUUUAUUUUUAAAGUUCAAGAUGCUUUACGAAACAAUACCAAAUGUGUUGUUUUUCGCAAGCUAAAUGUGUCUGUUUAACAUGGUUGUAUUAAACAUUGAUUAUAAAUGUAAAAUAUAAAUUAGACAGUAUUGUGAACAUUAGUAAAUGAGAUUAAGGAAUUCAUUAUCACAUUUUAUUUUAAAGCCAAAUUUAACGAUUAUUAUUGUUUGAAAAAUAAUUUUGUACAUCUGAAAAUAUCAUUAUUGGCAAAAUCAAAAGUAGAUAUGAUGUUAUUUUACAGAGUACAUAAACAAUGCAUUUAAAAAUGUAUUGCAGUAUUUCAUGUGUGUUCUACUGUGUCAAUAAUUAAAAUGAUAAAGAAAGAAUUGUUCCAUAGUAAGAAUAUAUUAUAGAUAAUUAGUUUGCCUUAUGGGUUAAUAAAUGUAUUAAAAUGCACUUGAGUGGAAUUUACUAAACAUUGAAAAAAGAAUUGAUUUCCUUGUGUAGUUCAAAACAGUAAUCCUAAACAAUUGAAGUCAGCACUAUGAAAUUAUGUCAACAGACAUAAUUCAAGAUUGAAAUUCAAACUGACAGCUACAUUAAUGCUAGAAAACCAGAAGAGUGCAUUGGAGCUUGGGGAAGAGUAUCACAGAAUGAUGGUCUAAAACAGAACAGAAAAUAAAACUAAUUCAGGUUUCCAUACCAUCAUGUACACUAUUUGUGAUCUUAUGAAUAUUUUGUGUGCAUGUGUGUAUAUAUACCCAAAUGGAAAACUAUUAAAUAUAUUUUUAAACAUCUCCUAUAUAUUACUUUGUAUCUGGCACAGUAGGCAGUGCUGAUCUGUAAAUUAAAUUGAAUUUUGAAAACAUAAGGUAAUCUAAAAUCUAGUUUGGAAGUUCCAUGGAGGACAAUAUACCCCCUUUCAAAAUGGAAGUCUGCUUCAUAAGAAAUAAUAUAAAACAAUCUCUAUAAUGGGAUAUAAUAUGGCUAGAGUGAAAUUGACUUUCCAAAUAGCAUUUUAUACAAUAUAAUAAUGUUAAUGUCUUUUGAUGAGGUUCCAACUGAAAAGUUGAUUAAACGGUUUGCUUUUCUUAUACAAUCCAGGUUUUACUUUAUUUGUUCUUGACAACACUGUGUGUAAAACAAAGACAUAGCUUUUAAAACUGUCUAACUAAUAUGAUGAAUGUCAAUCACUUAAAAAACUCCACUGUAGCAUAAACACAUACUGUAUACAGCUUUUAUUCUGAAUUAGAAUAAUUGAAUCCAUGACAGUGAUUUGCCAGGAUGUCAAAUCUAUCCAUCAUAUCCUGUCACUACCAGUUUAUUUUUUGUGAUCAAAAUCAAAAAGACUACUAUUUUGUCAUCAGGUAUUUCAUUUGUGGUAACAAUCAGGAUUUCUUUUCUCUCGCUUUUUUUUAAGAUAGGCCCAUUUUAUUAUUUUAUUUCUAAAAACACAGAUCCUUUUUAAUCAAAGUUUCAGAAUGGAUCUGUCAGUUUCAUAAAGCUAAAAGACACCUACAUUUUUAUACCAAUAUACUUAAAUCACCAUUGAUUUCAAAAACAUCAUUUGUCCUUUUGCAUUAUAUGUAACAUUAAGCAGAAAUUCUCAUCAAAUGCUUAGUUGUACCUUUAGAAAGUAUUAAUUAGUUUAAAUAUUUGAAUUCAAAUAAUUUAAACAAAAUUAACAUUACAUAUUCAAUUAUGAAUUUUUUACAUAAAUAAGUAUUGUAACAGAAAACAUAUAUGGUAUAGCCAUCUGAAAUGUGAAGUCAUCGGGUAUGUAAAUGGCUUGUGAAUAUACUUAAUAGGUCAUUGACUUAACACACAGGCAGAAAAUGUCACUAAAAUUCACAGCCAAUUUCUAGUUAACAUAUGACUUGAAAAUAGAUGAUAAAUACUGUAUGUAUAUAUAAAUGUAAUAUUUAUGACAUCAAUUUUGAGUGCUAAAAUAGGUUAGCAUAGAAACUAAAAAAGUAUUUGGAAUAAUAAAAGUAAAAGGGAAAUUCGCCUACAAAACUAGAUUAAAAUGUUUUUUUCUUUGUUUGUUUUUCUGAUUCACUGAACCUGCUGUGUGAAAUAAUAGUAUACACAUGUAUAGUGUUCACCUAAGGCAAAAACAUGUAGUAAAAUUUCUCCUCUCUUUUCUUCCAAAAUAUUGUAUCAGUUACAAUAAUAUAUGUCAGUGACUUGGCUUACCCAGUAAAACAAUGUUACUAUUUGAUAGUGUGUAUGAUGUAAUGUAGCAUUCCAUUGGAUCCACAAAUAGACUUCUUAUCUCUCAUUUUUGUUUGCAGUAAUGGAUAAAAAUAUUGAGCCAUAACAUUAAACUCUCCAUGAAAUUUCUCCAUA